AUGUCCUGCCCCGCCCCUUUCAUCAAUUCCGCCGACUUCCCCCCAACAGGCGGCUGGAUCCCCGGCCGCGUCUGCGGAAACCCAACUCCAGAUCUCCAAUGUUGCCUCCCCUGCGAAGACCACAAUUGGAUCUACACAAACGCCUUCAUCCGCGGCCUACGCGCCUCCUACUGGCUCCACGUCCCCUCUCUAAUCUCCGUCACCCUCAUCCUCCUAACCUUCGCCCUCCUCCCCUCCCGCCUCUCCCACGCCCACUACCUCUCCAUAGGCCUCUGCGUAUCCCUCAUAAUCCUCUCCCUGGCAUUCAUCGUCCCGCUAGCAACCACCCCGGAAUUCUGCUACAAUGCCAUCACUCCUCGAGAUCAAUAUUCCAGCCUGUCGUGCGCGUGGUCCGGCGCCCUCUUCAUCGCUGGGACGCUCAUGGCUAGUGUAUGGAUUCUAUUGCGCAGUUUGUGGAUACAUUUGCAAUUGUGUUGGGGAGUGUAUAAUGUCAGGAAACUGUACUGGUGGAUUCAGAUUUUCGGAUGGGGUGUUCCCGCCGUCCUGUUGGCUGUUACGAUGCCGGUGACGGGCGUGAGUUUUCGCUUGGGAACCAUGUGUUUGCCCAAUCAGAAGAAUUCCUAUUUGACGUAUCUGGGGUGGUUGAUGGCUUUUGCGUGUUUGAGUGGUUUGUUGCAGUUGUGGACAACGGGGUAUUGUGUGUGGAUUUAUUUGAGAGAUGUCAUUCGAGGGGCGCCGGUUAGUACCAGGCCGCAUCAUGGGGGGUAUACUGGGGGAGGAUAUCAUAAAUCUGCGGAUGCGGAGACGAUUGGGACGCAGGGGACCAAGGCCAAGGUUACGUGGAAUCGAUUGAAGAGGAUUAUGAAGAGUCAGUGGAGGAGUAUUGGGUUGUGUUUGUUGUUGAUUAUUAACUCGGUGUUUUAUGGGGGGAUCUUCACCGAGCAGGCAAGGCUGACGAGGAGGAUUUCGGAGGGGAAGCAUGAUGAUCGGAUUGUGGAGUGGGCGACUUGUCUUGUUGUUAAUGGAUUGGAUCCGGAUGCUUGUCGAGGGAUCCCGAGUAUUUUGAACGAAAAGGCUUUUCUGGCGAGCUUUGCGAUGGCGGGGGUAAUUGGGAUGGCUUGUUCGUUGUUGUUGGUGAGGAAGAGUAUGUUGGAAGGAUGGGCAUUUAUUCUGAGGCAUGGAAAGUUGCCGCCUAGGGAGGAUGAUGGAGCUUUCAUCAUUGCCAGGUCGGAUACUCAUCAGUUGAGGGGAGGAACCAACUCAUCGAAUCCGGAUAAAAGUCCUGUGGUGGAACGGUUCGCUGAUCGGCAUACAGCGGAUGAGAGUGGAUUGCACAGCCCUGGAUUGGAUGGGCCGGGGAUGAACAGUCCUGGAUUACAAAGCCCUAUUGGAACGGUGUAUACAGCCAAAGAGCGUAGGACAUCGAGUGAUACUUCCAUGGUGUGA